CCAAUCAGGAUGCAGCCGCCGCGCGUCAAAAUUCCCCCUCUCGAGUUUGAGCGCUCGGUUAUAGCGGACUGCUGGCGCGAGCGGGACCGGAAACGCUGCUGCUGCUGCUGCUGGUGCUGCUGGUGGACUUAUGCGAGACUUCCCGGAGACCCUUUACUCCUGCUCAGCUGUGAAGACGCGCUCUUGUCAAUGUGGAUCAGAAGCUCCACUGCGCUCCUGAAUCAUCCCUGACAUAUUUAACGGCUUGGAAUCAACCGGUUAUUAUUAUAGUGUUUUUUUUUUUACUGUCAUUGUUUUAUUUUCAGCUUCUGCAAGUAUAAGAGACAUUAAGACUCCAAGCGACAUCACCGGAUUUGGGGAAGUUUGGCAUCAUUUGGUGCGCGUGUCUGCGCGUGUAGUAGAAUUGCGCGCGCCUACAUGGACUGGCUGCGGGCGACCGUGUGUGAAGGAAAGCGCGCGUGCAAUUAAUAAAAGAAAUACAUUAUAAUAAAUAUUAAUAAUAAGUCUCCGGCUUGUUAAGGUAGAGAUAGGUCUGUGUGCGUCUACAGACGUGUAGCACGCUCGGGAUAUACCACCACCACCACCACCAACAAGUGUGUCUGAUCCGCCAAGGAAAUGUUCCGACUGGGAAUUCUCCUCAACCUGCUCUUCCUGAGAGGCUCAUGGUCCUCAGUGGUGCCCCGGUUUCCAGGCACGCUGGACUGUGUGACGGCUGUGCAGGAGUGUCUGGUCCAACCCGAGUGUGAAAAACUCUACAGACAGCUUGACUGCUGUGUGGACGAUGAAGCGGUGGCACCGCUGGGUCCUGAAGCCCGCCAGGCCUGCGCCGAUGCCCAGAAUGCCCUGCUGCAUUAUCGGCCCCUGCAGGAGUGCAAGUGCCAGCGCAGAUCACGCAAAGAGGCUUUCUGUCUCCGAGUGUACUGGACCGUGCGCUUCCCACAGGGGUACGAUGACAUUGGGACGUCCCCAUAUGAGGACAUCGAACUGGAGCUCGUGAGAAAUAGCGAAGUUACAAUGCUGGCUUCAAUUGUGGCAGUGUCCUCGUUUCCAGUAGAUGGACAGAACCAGUGUUUAAAGGCAGCUCAAGAUUGUGGUCUGUUCGAGAAGUGUGGUGCACUGCGUGCGGAGUACGUGCUGGCUUGUACCAAGCGUGCAACAGGCUCGGAUCGCUGCAACAGACAGAAGUGCCACCGGGCGCUGCGCAGGUUUCUGGAACGUGUACCUGAAGAGUACAGUUUUGGUGUGCUAUUCUGUUCCUGCACCGAGCCUUUAUGUGGAGAGAGGAGGAGGAAGACCAUCGUCCCUUCCUGUUCCUAUGAGGAGAAAGAUGGACAACCCAACUGCCUGCACCUGGAGAGCUACUGCCUCCGUGAUGAUCUGUGCAGAUCCAGACUGGCCGAUUUCCAGCAGAACUGUCAGCCCUCCUCUUACUCCCCUUCAGGGUGUCUGCGUGAGAGCGGAGCCGUCUGCCUCAAGGCGUAUGCUGGACUGAUCGGUACGAUCAUGACACCGAACUAUGUGAGUAACAGCAGUAUGGAAGUGUCUCAGUGGUGUAACUGUGAAGGCAGUGGGAAUCAGCUUCAAGAGUGUCUGCGCAUCCUGCACAUGUUCAACAGCAACACUUGCCUGCGUAAUGCAAUAGAGAACAUGGGGAGUGCCAAUCCACGGACUGUGGAGGGUACAUUGCUCCCUCCCCCUCGCCCCUCCCCUCAUCUUCAACACGACGAACUAAACGUCAACUUGUUUGUAGACCUCAACUCGGUUGAAGAGAGCGAGGAGGAAAAGAAUGAGCACGAAGAAGAGAUUGAUCCAGUGGAUGAGUUCAACGUCAUCCCUCCUUUCCCAGAGAAGGCCACAGUCACCGAUUUGGGUUCAGAGACGGGCAGAGUUCAAGGCCAGGCCUCGUGCCUUUCAGUCUCCAUUUAUCUGCUUCUUCUCCUGCUGCUGCUCGCUACCCUCAGCUGGGGGUAGACACCACCACUCUUCAUCCUCAUCCACACUUACACAUAUACACUUACAUCUGCACACACCCUCCUCGAAAUACUCACUCACACCCACUCUAAGACUCAAAGACUUUAAUACUGAGGGUUGGAGAGAAGGCACAAUGAAAAAUGAAAAGAGAAGAAGAGGACAGAGCACAGGAAAGUCCUUUCAUACCCACUCCCGCCCUUUCCUAUCACUCUGUUUCUCCUUCUUAGCCAAGAGGGCUGUGCGUAGCUCGCCGAUCGCAGCUCGUUCCCCAAGAAGUCGCUCUCUGAAUCUGAUUCUGUGCCAGUUGUUUGGGAAAUUGUUUAGGAAUCACGAUUUAUGGUUCAUGACUCAUUAGACUGAAUGGAAUCGGAUAUAUUUAACGCCUGACUGUCAUUGAGUGAAACAGUGAAUCAGUAAUGUGAUGUAUCUGUUGUGUAAUUCUCCUUUCGCUUUGCUGAGGUUGGCUAGCCGUCAGUCAACUUGCGCCGCUGUUUGGGAAUUGCUGUAUCGCUUCCGUCCAGUGGCACAGCCUCGUACAAGUGCACAGCUUGUUCUUUUAUUAUUAUUUUUUGUACUUUUCAUUUACACACCUUGUGCGUUUUCUCAUUGCUGGAGCUUUCAAAGUGUGUGUGUGUGUACAGAAUGUUUGCACUUUGUCAACACACAAAACAGACCUCUCACAAUAUGUGUCCACUUGCAAGUUCACCACGCUGCGUCCUAUUUAUUUCCACUGGUGUGGUGACUCUGAUUGUCUUCUUUGCUAGAAUACAGUUUGAUUUCCCUUAUGUGGCAAAUUAUAAUUAUUGUAAAGUACCUCAAUGCUUUUAAGAUGGGAAAUUUUUAAUACAUAUUAUAUAUUAUAUAUUAAUCUGGCUAUCUAAUCAAGUACAUUAGCAAAACAUGAACAUCUAGCUAGUUAAUAGGGCUAUAAAGGAACGGUAGUUAAAAGUAAAAAAUACUAGCCAGACUAAAACAUAUUUACUUUUUUGCAAAUAUUGAGAACUGAGAAAUCUAAUGAGGCUACUUUUACUCUCAUCAGAAUUUUAGAUUUUUUUUUUUUAUAUUUCAUUGUGAAAACUAUUCAAUAAAGCUAGCAAAUUAUCUAGCUAGUGUUGCUCAUAAGGGUUGCUAUUACAGUUCACCAGUUAGGAGUGCUAGGAUAAUGCUUCUCUGUUCUGCUUUCUGCUACCACAGUUAGUACAGCAGAUACCAGAAUGCAGCAGAUAUAAUCCUUUUAAAAAAUAUUUAUUUAUUUAAUUUUGAAUACAUAGGAAAAAAAAUAUCGCUGAUACUAGCUAAUGAGCCUUGACUAGCUGUAAAAUAAGCUUGCUAGCAUUGCAAGAUUAAGGUUGUCAUGAGAGGACAAUACAGUAGUUAACUAGUGUUAAAAAUACUGGUUAAAACAAGGAUAAUGGAAGGACAGAAGAGGAAAUAAAUGUGAAAGGCUUUUUUUUAAAGUUUUACUUAAGAAACUUUUAACUAGCUUGCUAAUAAGCCUUGGUUGCUAGUGUUGUAAAAGAGGAUUUGUCUAGCCAAAUUAAGUACAAUUAGUGUAACUAGCUGGUUUUACUGAGGUGUAAAUUAACAUAGAAUUAGCUAAAGCUAAUAGCGAUUGGUAGUUAGCACUAGGUAUUAAAACAAAAAAAGAAGUUUUUACAGUAAAUAAGUUUCUGUUAUGCUCUAGCUGAGCUACUUAUUGUUUUGGGUAUAGCUACUAGAACAUCUAGCUAACACAACAGCAGAUUUGGAUGGAGAAGUGUUUUUGAAAGCAUUACAUUUAGGGCUGACUGGAUCAGGCACCACACCAGAAAUCUUAUUUCUAUUUAAUUUUUAAUAAACAUGUAUAAAAAAAUGUUGUUUAUCAUGCCUGACAAAAAAACCCACAGCUGGCUGAUUAACCUUUUAUGGCAUAAUUAGCAAAGUGGACAGAUAAUGCAUGCUAAGUUUACAACAUCUAAACAUUUCAAUAAAUAAACACACACACCAACAAAUUCACCCAGAUUUAAUGUUUGCUCUUGAUCCGUGUGAAAUUUAAUAUGAAAUUAAAUAAAAAAAAGUAUUAUAAAAUAUAUAAAGUAGCCAACACUUGAUUCUUCUAAAGACUAGUUCAUGAAAAAAAUACAUCAAAUCUGUUUGCUCACAAAUACAAUGAGCAUAGGAACAGUGGAUGCGAAAAUGCAAGUAGAUACGUAUUGUUAGAGUUGAAAUUGUUUGUCUUAGGUAAAGUUUCUGGUACACACACACACACACACACACACACACACACACACACACACACACACACACACACACUCUUGAUCUUUCAUACACACACACACACACACACACACACACACACACACACACACGUGCGGCGUGACCCUUCAUCAGUGCAGAUGCAAGCGCUUUUUCCUUUAUUGCUCUAUCUGCGCUGUACUUUAAUUUUUAGAGUCAGCACAGAUUGUGGACUCUAACCAGGGGCAUAAAUAUUAAAAGUACACACACACACACACACACACACACACACACACACACACACACACACACACACACACACACACGACUGAUACGACUAAUAAAGCCAAAAUAAAUACGUACAUACACAUAUACACAAGCAUGUAAAUAAAAUAAAAAUAAAAAAAUAAAAUAAAAUAAAAUAAAAUAAAAUAAAAUAAAAUAAAAUAAAAUAAAAUAAAAUAAAAUAAAAUAAAAUAUAGGAGUGAAGAUGUGAGUGCACAGCAGGUGUUGGGGGUCCAGUCUGGGUUUGGAACCUGAGGGAGGAAGCUAUUCAGCAGCCGGAGAUAAUGGGGUUAUAACGCAAACUGUUUAUCUUGUUGUGCGUUGUUGGGGGAAAAAUUGCCUUUGAUGGAGCAUGGGGGGGUAUAUAGAGAUAGGGAGGUGAGGAAAAAAGAAGAAAAGAGAGACCCUCCAGCACAAACAUACAGUCAAACAUCCCGAGCUCUUUUUUUUUGGUUGUAUAAAUCUAUUGCUGACACUAAUGGUUUUUUGUGUGUAUGUCUGAGCAUGCCAGAGCAUCUUUCCGUCCUCAUCCGGAGGGGUUUUAAUGUAGGAGGGUUAUUAAAGAACACCCCCUUCCCCUCCCCUCCCCCACCAACUCCCCCAACAUCCGCUUUGGUCUUAACCCCUCUAUUGUGCCAGUUCACAGGGAUCUAAUUCAAGGCAAAGAGGUCAUCUGCUGCUCGCUUUCUUGCUCUUUCUGUCCUAUUCAGAGCAAACGCCUCGCAUUACACCACGUACACGUCUUAACAAUGACCUCCCCAAAUUGGUCUAUUAUACUGCAGGAAUAGAAUAUAGGCAGAGCACUGAUCGAACUCUUAUUUCGCCAUCGGGGGGACGAAGGUCAGCACUUGUGUUGUCGCCGUUGUUGUUUUUUUCUUCCAAAUAUCGAAUUCGAUUUAAGCGACAAAUUAAAUUGUCAGCAAAAGAAAUUAAUAGUGUUUAGGAGUUAAGGUGGACAAACACAUUACACCCUAACAUUACUAUAUAUAUAUAUAUAUAUAUAUAUAUAUAUAUAUAUAUAUAUAUAUAUAUAUAAUGCAGCAGAACAUGGAGACAAGUUUGUAAUAUUGCAAGCAAUCAUUUCUGCUAUGAUUCAGCAAUUUGUGUUUUUGGUGUCUGGAGAUGAUGAGGAAAAGAAAGCGUUUGCAAAAUAUCUCAGCUCUGCACAAAGACUGUUGCAGAGAUGAAUUAACAUCGGUUAUUUGAUCUGGAACCAAAUUUUUUCUUUAAUACAUGAAGGAAAGAAAAGGAUUUUUGCUCCUAGUCCUUAAGUUUAUCUUGUGUCCUUUUCCUCAUUCUUUUGCUUUUUCUCAUUAAGUAUUAUUAUACUAUAAAUCAAUGAUAUAUCUACAUAUAAUAUAACUAUAUAAAUAUAUAUAUAUAUAUAUGUAUUUGUGUGUGUGUGUGUGUGUAUAGUUACUUGCAAAUAAUUUUUUUAAAGAAAUACCAUUUGUGUCAAGAGAAACUAAAUUUCUUCUGUUUAAUAAAGAAAUCUACAAAAGGAAAAUAAAUUAAUCUGGCUUUGUAUUGCAAAAAAAAUCUAAACAUAAAACAUAUAUAAAUAUAUACUGAGUGCUAGAUUUUACUUAGCAAUUACAUGACACCCCGAAUGCUUGAAGGUUUUCCACCUUAAUAAUGCAUAAAAGACUGCAAAGUUUGGGAGUAUCUGAAAAUCCCUAAAUGGUCAGGGAGAGAGGAAAAUAUAUAUAUAGAGAGAGAGAGGAAGAGAGAGAGAGAGAGAGAGAGAGAGAGAGAGAGAGAGAGAGAGAGAGAGAGAGAGAGAGAGAGAGAGAGAGAGAUGAUCUAUUGUUUCUAGUCAUUUAAAAAAGAAAAUGACCCCAAUAUCAUUAAUUGAGUCGGUCCAUGCCUCCGGUAUUAAAAGUAUUUUUGCGGAAGGACCAGAGACGUGAUGUGAUCUAAAACAUGGAGCCUAUUUAUUACCCAUAUAUAUUUUUCGCAGCAACUUCAUUUGCCCACGUAAAUUGAAUUUGAGAUUUGGACGGAGACAUGGACAUCACCACUGACGCUGCAGUGCUCAUCCAAUCAGAGGCCUUAAUUAAGAACACGCACGUUUGGCGGCGGGAAGAUUGACGUGUGUGUCCAGAUGCCGCUCAGCUCGUGUGAUGGCUGGUGUAAUUUUUUAAUUGCUGUCACUGAGUAAAGAUCACAGCGUGAUAUAAAGACAUGAGGCAGUGUGAGCUAUGUCCUCGCCUUACAGUAGUACACUUCUUUUUUUUUCUUUUUUUUUUUACUCAAACAAACAAACAAGCCAUGCGUUAAAUGACUGCAGAUAGCAGGAUAUCAGAGGCACUGAGGCAGAGCGCUGAGUGUCGGCUGAAUAUUUUUUUAUACCUUUUUUGUCUUUAUGUGAAUGUGAGCCGUUACUACACAGUGUAAACACAUCCAGCUUCAAUGUGUUAAUGUUUAGCUUUAAUACACUGAUUCAGAGAAAGAGAGAAAGAACAGAAAGGGAGAAAAACUGAAUAUCUGAGAAAGAACAAGAGAGACUUGCUAGGUGAAAAAAAGAGAGAGAGACCCAAGAAUGAAAAAGAAAGACAGAGAUAAAGAACAAUAGAUAUACAGUCAAAAGAAAGACAAGUGGCAAAAAGAGACAGAGAAAUAGAGAUAUGCAGAAAGACAGACAGGCUGAAAGACAGAUGAAUGAAAGCAAUAUAGACAGCGAAAGAAACAGACAGAUUUCCAGUAAAGGCUAUAGAGAGAAAGAGAGACAGACAGAAUGACAGACUAAAAUAAAAGAGAGACACUGACAGGAGAGUGAGAAAACAGGCAGAAAAUAAGGUAAAGAGGUAAGGAGAGAGAACUAGAAAGAGAAAGAGAGAGAGAGAGAGAG